GAAGUCACUCCCGCGGCGCAUUCCGCCGCCCGCAGGCUUGCGGGGAAACUUCCUUAUUAUUGUGACGCCGAAAACCGAGAGAGCCCGAGCCCAGCCUGAGGGGCCGUGACGGUCGGGAGCCCACGCCGCGGCGCGGCGGCCGCAGAGAUCUGGGAGGCGUGGUGGAACCUUUCUGGCUUCUCGUCCAAAUGCCAAGCUUGUGACCUGGGGCUACAUGACUCCCUGAAAGAUAAGAACAAUGUUAUGUUGGGGAUAUUGGUCUCUGGGCCAACCCGGGAUCAGCGCCAACCUGCAAGGCAUCGUGGCUGAGCCGCAGGUGUGUGGAUUCAUAUCAGACAGGAACGUGAAGGAAGUGGCUUGUGGAGGAAACCACUCCGUGUUCCUGCUGGAGGAUGGGGAAGUUUACACGUGCGGUUUGAACACCAAGGGGCAGCUGGGCCAUGAGAGGGAAGGAAACAAGCCAGAACAAAUCGGAGCGUUGGCAGAUGAGCACAUCAUUCACGUGGCGUGUGGCGAGUCCCACAGUCUGGCCCUCAGUGACCGUGGCCAGCUGUUUUCUUGGGGUGCAGGGAGCGAUGGUCAACUAGGACUCAUGACGACUGAGGACUCUGUGGCAGUGCCCAGGUUGAUACAGAAGCUGAACCAGCAGACGAUAUUACAAGUUUCCUGUGGCAACUGGCAUUGCUUGGCUCUUGCAGCUGAUGGCCAGUUCUUCACCUGGGGACAGAACAGCCACGGGCAGCUGGGCCUGGGGAAGGAGUUCCCCUCCCAAGCCAGCCCACAGAGGGUCAGGUCCCUGGAGGGGAUCCCGCUGGCCCAGGUGGCUGCCGGAGGGGCUCACAGCUUCGCCCUGUCUCUCUCAGGAGCUGUUUUUGGCUGGGGGAUGAACAAUGCAGGGCAGCUAGGGCUCAGUGAUGAAAAGGAUCGGGAGUCUCCGUGCCACGUGAAACUCUUACGUACGCAAAAAGUUGUCUAUAUUAGUUGUGGAGAAGAGCACACAGCCGUCCUCACAAAGAAUGGAGGUGUGUUUACUUUUGGUGCUGGUUCCUGUGGGCAGCUUGGACAUGACUCCAUGAAUGAUGAGGUUAAUCCAAGAAGAGUUCUAGAGCUGAUGGGUAGUGAAGUAACUCAGAUUGCUUGUGGCAGACAACACACCCUAGCUUUUGUGCCUUCUUCCGGACUCAUCUAUGCAUUUGGUUGUGGAGCAAGAGGUCAACUCGGAACUGGACACACCUGUAAUGUUAAGUGCCCGUCUCCUGUCAAGGGUUACUGGGCUGCCCACAGUAGCCAGCUGUCAGCCCGAGCUGAUCGCUUUAAAUAUCAUAUUGUUAAGCAGAUCUUCUCUGGAGGAGACCAAACUUUUGUACUUUGCUCCAAAUAUGAGAAUUCAUCUCCUGCUGUUGACUUCAGGACUAUGAACCAAGCACAUUAUACCAGUUUAAUAAACGAUGAAACCAUAGCAGUCUGGAGACAAAAACUCUCAGAACACAACAAUGCGAAUACAAUCAAUGGUGUUGUACAGAUAUUAUCUUCUGCAGCCUGUUGGAAUGGAAGUUUUCUUGAAAAAAAAAUUGAUGAACAUUUUAAAACAAGUCCCAAAAUCCCCGGGAUUGACCUGAACUCAACUAGAGUGUUAUUUGAGAAGUUAAUGAACUCUCAGCACUCCAUGAUUCUAGAACAGAUCUUAAACAGCUUCGAAAGUUGCCUGAUUCCACAGUUGUCAAGUUCCCCACCAGACGUUGAAGCAAUGAGAAUCUAUUUAAUACUACCCGAGUUUCCCCUCCUCCAGGACUCCAAAUAUUACAUCACGUUGACUAUUCCCUUGGCUAUGGCCAUUCUGCGGCUGGACACAAACCCCAGCAAAGUAUUAGAUAACUGGUGGUCUCAGGUAUGCCCGAAAUAUUUCAUGAAGCUAGUAAACCUCUAUAAAGGUGCAGUCCUGUAUCUACUGAGGGGAAGAAAGACAUUCUUAAUUCCUGUACUGUUUAACAGUUACAUUACAGCAGCUCUCAAGCUCUUGGAGAAGUUAUAUAAGGUAAAUCUUAAAGUGAAGCACGUGGAAUACGAUACAUUUUACAUUCCUGAGAUUUCCAGUCUCGUGGACAUCCAGGAAGACUACCUCAUGUGGUUCCUGCACCAGGCAGGGAUGAAGGCUAGACCAUCUAUAAUACAGGAUGCUGUGACACUUUGCUCCUACCCUUUCAUCUUUGACGCCCAAGCCAAGACCAAAAUGUUACAGACCGACGCUGAACUACAGAUGCAGGUGGCAGUCAACGGAGCCAACCUGCAGAACGUCUUCAUGCUUCUCACCCUGGAGCCUCUGCUGGCCAGAAGCCCCUUUCUGGUCCUCCACGUUCGCCGGAACAACCUCGUCGGAGAUGCCCUGAGAGAGCUGAGCAUUCAUUCUGACAUCGACCUGAAAAAGCCUCUCAAAGUAAUCUUUGAUGGUGAAGAAGCAGUGGACGCCGGUGGUGUUACAAAGGAAUUUUUUCUUUUGCUGUUAAAAGAACUUUUGAAUCCCAUCUACGGAAUGUUUACCUACUAUCAAGAUUCCAAUCUGUUGUGGUUUUCAGAUACAUGUUUUGUAGAGCACAACUGGUUUCACUUGAUUGGCAUAACCUGUGGCCUAGCUAUCUAUAAUUCCACCGUGGUUGAUCUCCACUUCCCGUUGGCUCUCUACAAGAAGUUACUGAAUGUAAAGCCUGGCUUGGAAGACUUAAAGGAGCUGUCACCCACUGAAGGAAGGAGUCUUCAAGAGCUUUUAGAUUAUCCCGGUGAAGAUGUGGAGGACAUUUUCUGCCUCAACUUCACGAUCUGCCGAGAAAGCUAUGGCGUGGUUGAACAGAAGAAGCUGAUACCCGGUGGAGACAAAGUGGCUGUGUGCAAGGACAACAGGCAGGAAUUUGUGGAAGCGUACGUGAAUUAUGUCUUCCAAAUCUCAGUUCACGAGUGGUACACGGCCUUCGCCAGCGGCUUCCUGAAGGUGUGCGGCGGCAAAGUGCUCGAGCUCUUCCAGCCCUCGGAGCUGAGGGCCAUGAUGGUGGGGAACAGCAACUACAACUGGGAGGAGCUGGAGGAGACUGCCAUUUACAAGGGGGAUUACUCAGCUACACAUCCCACUGUGAGACUAUUUUGGGAGACAUUUCAUGAGUUCCCAUUGGAAAAGAAGAAGAAGUUUCUCUUGUUCCUGACGGGCAGCGACCGGAUCCCCAUCUAUGGCAUGGCCAGCCUGCAGAUCGUCAUCCAGUCCACGGCCAGCGGCGAGGACUACCUGCCGGUGGCCCACACCUGCUACAACCUGCUGGACCUGCCCCAGUACCGCAGCAAGGAGACGCUGUGCGCGCGGCUGUCGCAGGCGCUGGACAACUACGAGGGCUUCAGCCUGGCCUGAGCCCCGGCGCCCCGAUCCCCUUCCUUCCCGUGUCCGCUCAGAGAAUCACGGGGAGCGAUUUCUAUUUUUUUAUCGUCCGAGGGGGUUGAGACUUUCGGAUCCUGAACCUGGAGCAUUCGUCUCUGGGGGGUCGCAAGGCAGCGAACCCACCUUUCUGAAAAGGGGGGGCUUCGGGAUGGGGUGGAAGAACUUGGCUCUUGUCCGGGAGGUGGUUUUGUUUUUCUGUUUUAAACCCAACUACCCAGUGGCCCUCGUUCUCGUGACUGUGUUGCACUCUGCCGGGUGACAUGGCAGUGGCUUUGGACACCGUCAUUCCCCAGGUGUGUCUCGGCCCCGACCGUUGGCAUUCUUCUGCAAGGAUGGUUCGACCCCUGCGUCCGUCCUCGCCUGCCUGCGCGUGCAGAACAACAUCUCCCUGUUGUCGCAGCAGCCGCGCACGGACGUGCCCCCCGGCUUGUCCCAGCCCCGCUCUAGCCCGCAAAAGGAGGACAGGCCCACUUGAGAGACUCCCAGCUCCAGAACGCUGAGGCUGGGUCCCUUACUACUGAGAAUUUCUGGGAGCCUUGAUAAACACAUCUUGCUUAUUAAAAAAAAAAAUUCUCAAGGGGGAUAGCAACCCUCCCACGGCUGUGCCCGUUCCCUAGGCCUUUCUAAAGAUGCGCAGAGCAGCUUAGCGUCCCAGCCGAGCCUGAUUUUGUUUUGUCGCUCAGCCUCAUCCCUGUGACGAUAAGGUGAAUGGACAGACCCCUUCCUGUCCUGCUGUCUGCACCCGGAGCAAGUUGCAUCGAUUAUGUUGAGUCUCUGUAUUGUCAGAGAGAAAAGUUAGAAAUGAUAAAUUUCUUGUCCCGUUCUCUAUUGCUGUAUACCAGGCGUCCUCAAACGACGGCCCGCGGGCCACAUGCCGCCCGCCUAGGAGUUAUCUGGCCCACCCGGUGUUUUUGUCACCGCUGCCUGUCCUGCUUAGCAGCCGGCUCGUCCCGGGCCCACAGUGCGCACUCUCCAACGGUCUGAGGGACGGU